GCCUGCAGAGGAACGUGUGGGCACAUCAGCCCCCAACAUCAGGAGUCUUGUCUGUCGCUACAGCAACAGCUAAAAAGCCUUGCAUUACCAAGAACGACUUUCUGAAGUGCACAGUCUCCUCUCUAUCAGUGUGCAGAAGAAUGUUUACAUGCAUCCAAACAACAAGACUUGUCAUGCGUCCGUGAAACUUAAAAUACCUCAAGAGGCUGGGGGGUUGAACAAAAGCGAGACGGGAUAACAUGUGGUGUCUACAGUGUACAUCUCUGAAUCCCUCAAGCGUGAUGUGUUGUUGCGUGAGAUUACGGGGGAGCCUGUCUCUUUAAGAGGCUUGUUGAGCGGGGAGGUGGAACCUUGUCUGCUUCUAAACAAGCAUUUCUAUCAACAAAACUCACUCACUAGCGGGCAGAUCUCGUAGGGUGUGCAUGUACACGAUUUGCUUUUCCAUGACUUCCUCAAGGUGUGCGUGUGAUAUGUGAGUCCAGUUUCAUCAGCACCUGAGGUUUGCACUUACUCGGCUGGAGGGCCACCAACAGCUCAGGUGUGUGACGGGCUAUUUGCCAAUUGCCCUGCACCAUGAAACUCGCUGUAGUUCUCCUCCUCUCUGCGUGCGGUGUGCUGUUCAAACACGACUGUGAAGCUCAAGUAGAAACAUCUCCAUCGCCCUCAGCCAGUAACUGCACGUGUGAGCUCGGCCAUGGAAAGUGUGCCGAGAACGGGGACUGCAGGUGUGACCCGGGGUGGGGUGGCCCGCGCUGUGACGACUGCGUGCGGAUGCCCGGGUGUGUUCACGGCUCCUGUCAUCAGCCCUGGCAGUGCACCUGCGUGGACGGGUGGGGGGGCAGAUUCUGUGACAAAGAUAUUUACGUGUGCUCUAGAGAACAGCCGUGUCAGAACGGGGCGACCUGCGUCUUGAGUGAGUCGGGGGAUUACAACUGCUUAUGUCCUGAAGGCCUUCACGGGCGAGACUGCGAACUGAAAACUGGGCCUUGCCAAAAGACAAAGUCCCCCUGCAAGAAUGGCGGUCUCUGCGAGGAUCUGGGAGGUUUCGCUCCAGAGCUGUCGUGUCGGUGCCUGGCCGGCUUCACCGGGCCGCGCUGCGAGACCAACAUGGACGACUGCCUGAUGCGCCCCUGUGCCAACGGUGCCACCUGUGUGGACGGCGUGAACCGUUUCUCCUGCCUGUGCCCUGUGGGUUUCACCGGGCGCUUCUGCACCAUCAACCUGGACGACUGCGCCGGCCAGCCCUGCCUCAACGGAGGACGCUGCAUCGACCGGGUCUCGGCUUAUCAGUGCCUCUGCCCUCCAGGUCACACCGGAAGAACGUGCGAGAUUCCCGUCUGGGAGUCGGGAUCUCAAACGUUGUCUCCUUUCAAGAGCGAAGAGAGCAAAUCCGUUCUGGGGAAUCACUCCCAUUGGACGACUCCUAACGGGAACGAGAAAAGCUUGUUUAAAAUCUCCGUGGUGACCCAGCGCGGGGCGGAUGGGCUGUCGGAGUCGCAGCUCGUCCUCCUGCUGGUGUUGGGGGGCAUGACUUUAGCCGUGGUGGCAGUAACAGCUGGUCUGGUGCUGCGUGGACAGUGCCAGGACCGAUCGGCUCGCUGCCAGUGUCGACCGGCUCCCACUCACCAGCGCUGUCGAACUCACUCUGUGCAGCAGGAGUGCAAGAUCAGCUUCCUCCAGCCUCCGGCCGAGCUCGAGAAGAAGAGGCUGAACACCGACAUCAUUUAGACACACGGAUCGAUCGGUGCAGCUGCUCUGUUGAAGUAAACGACCACUUCUGACCACUCACGAGAUACUGGUACUGAUGAAUCUGAGAGUUGGCUGAAUGCAGGUGGUUAUUAUACAGAGCCAUUACACACAUAUAAAGAACCAAUUAGUAGUUGGAUUUUAAUUAUCAAUGCCACACGUGAGGGCAUGGACUGAUGAGGGAACAUUAGCACAGUUAGAGUCAACAUGAAAUCAAUAAUGCUCUUACCUGGUUGUGGAACAUUAUUCCCAAGAAAAUGUACGGAGGCCCUAAUGGGACAUGGUGGUGGUGGCCAAAAAAUAUGAGAUUAAAAAUAUGAGAAAUUUGGCGUUCCCCCGAGAAACUUUGCGUUCGCUCGCAAAAAAUGUUUUUGUUAAUGAGAGCGAAUGCAAAGUUUCUCGGGGGACAUUCGCAUGAGCAUAAUUUUUCCUCCAAUCUCAUAUAUUUUUUCUUCACCAUGGCUCCAUAGAAAUGUUAUAUAUAUGUAAUAACAAAUGUACUGUAACACAUGUAAUGUAAUUAUCCAUAAAUGUAAUAUCUCCCCCUGCCUCUGAAAAAAAAAAAAAAAAA